UGUUUGUGCAAUUCACUAUGUAGGAACAAUGAAUGUCUAAACGCGCGGGCAGUUUUAACUGCGGUAAACAAGUGGCUAUAGUGAUAGUAAAUUAAAUAAUUUCGUUAGAACGCUUCAAAACGUAUUUUACAUUUCGGUUUAAAAACAAGUAGCUUUGCGGCGCAGAAGAUCCGGAACUGUAACCGAUAUGACACUUGAACUUGGGGUAUCCGGUAAUGGGUAGUUCACGUUGCGCCGAAAGCUAUUGUUGCAAGAAAUUAUUUUAACUAUAAGCAGGAUUUAAUGGAAAUAAACGGAUAAAAAUAAUCGCACAUCACAAAUGACUUUAUGCCAACUUGGGAGUGAAAAGACGAAACAAUCACUCGUUAAGAAGCUCACAGUCUCAUUGGGUGAUAAUCGCUCGUGCAGUAGUGCAGAAAAACAGAAAUGGAGUCCCAGCAGGAAGUGAACCCUGUAUUCCUGCAGCAGCUCAGAGAGUUGGACAUACCUGAGGAGGCAGCCAAACAGGCACUCUUGCACACACAGAAUGUGUCUGCAGAGGAGGCUGCAAUGUAUUACUUCAACAAACUAGAGAAUGAGGAAGAGGGUGAUGAGGACAUGAUGUUCAAAAUGGUGUUUGUUGUAAAUAUGGAGCUGUCUAUGGGUGUGGGGAAGGUGGCAGCGCAGGUGGGUCAUGCUGCAGUGGGUUUGUAUCAGGCCUUGCAGGAGAAAAACAGUUGGAGGGAAAUGGCCUGGAGAUGGGACCAUGCUGGAGCAAAGAAAAUCGUGUUACAAGGCACUAACAUGGCACACCUUUUGGAGUUGCAGGCUCUUGCUAUGAGCCUCAGUCUUCCUACAAAGCUGGUACAGGAUGCUGGACACACACAGGUGGAGCCAGGUUCAUGCACCGUGCUUGCCAUCAUGGGAGAAGAAGAGAUGGUAAAUAAUGUCACAGGCAGUCUGAAACUGCUUUAAGGAAACUACUGUUAUGCUGAGGAAAACUUUUCAAAAGUGUAGGUUUGUGACACAGGAAGAACAGGGGUCAGUGUUUCCCCACAGUAGCAUGGUUUUCCUCACGAUAAUGGUGCACUCAGUAAUUUUUUGUUACCGUUGCAAUUACUUACACUGACACCUAACAACGUGGAUGCAUCUUUACGCAAAAGCAAACAUUUUCUUUUACUGAUACUUAGGGGUGGGCUAUAUACCAUUAUAAUUUUGUUAAUCAGUAUAACAAUUUGUGUAGUUUUUAUUGAAACUCCAGCACCACAACAAAAGAAACCAUAGUUUACUCCAGUUGUGAAUGUGAGUUUGCAAUUUGAAUUGAAUGCAAUGUGAAAAAGCACUGUUUCGCAAAAUAACACUUUCUAUUUAGCAAUCAUUGCGAGCAGCACACAAAAUUCUAAACGAACAGCGCACAAUAUUCCAAUUUACAAACAAUACACACAGAUUGCAGCUUUCACUUAAUCCUCAUGAAAAGUGUUCACACAGAGUAAAUUGUUUGAAAAAUGGAGAACUUGGAAAAUAUUAAACAAAAUUACAAGGGGUAAUGGGAAUUUUAUAUAGUCACUAAAAGGUUUUCAGUAUCGCCAUGGAAGGUUGUCUGACAUUUAAAAAGGAGAACAGGAUUUAGAACAAAAAAAGUCAUCAUACUAAACAUACUUGUAUUGUUUAUUCAUUGCUUGCAGUAAAAACAAGACAGAGAUGAUGUAAUCAAUAAAACACUAUAUUUAAAGUUCCGUUACAGUAUUAGUGAUAAUCUCAAUUUUAGAUCUACCAUUGCUUAAAAAUUUUAUUCAUAAAGAUUCUUCAUUUUUAAUAAGUAGUUUUCAUGAAAACUGUAUAUUGGUCUUGAUAAUAUUGUUACAUUUUUGCUUGUAUCGCACAUUCCUAUCAAUACCAUUGUAGAAAUGCAGAGUAAGCCAUUAUUUAUUACUCUAUCAAAAUGGGCUAGAAGGUGAAUUGCUGAGAUAAAAUGAAUAGAAUUUGACUGCUAAUGCAACCCACAUGAGGUGACUUUUAUUAAGCCACUGAAAUUACUGCCAUCAUUUCUUAUAAGUGUGAUUUAAGACUUUUAUUUUAAAUAUUACAUUUAAUUUAUUUUGUACAGCUUGUUAAUGAAGAAAGAAAUUACUGAGUGAACCUAUGGAAUAACCCCUACAUAUGGUAGUUUAACACAAGUAUGUUUAAAUAAUUGCAUUUAAAGCUCUCAAGUUACGUGAGAAGACAACUAACUGAUAUUAUAAACCGGUCCCUAAAUUUCUAUAGAGCUAAAAAAAAAAAAAAAAAACUUUGCUUAAAGAGGAGAUGUGUCAAUUAAAUAGCAGUGUGUAAAAAUGUAUAAUGAAUUAUAAUCACAUGCAAGUGUUAUACUUAACGUGCCUGUAGAACCCAAUGUUUUGAUGAUUGUGAAAACACAUAGCCAUUGUCAAAUUGUAUUGUAUAACAUGUUUAUUUUUAUUUUUUAUUGUGGGAAUAUUUUUUAUUGUUUACAAUUAUGUAAACAUUUGUGAUGAUAAAUUCCGCCUGUUUGUAUCUUCA